AUGGGCACACAUCCAGGGCCGAGGCUAUCCCUCGACCUAUCCAAGUAUGAGAAGCUCGAUGCGGUCCAAGUAGGACACUUGCGGCAUUACCAUAAUCUAGUUAGCCAGAUGGAUGGCGAAUGGCAUCACAUGGGCACUCAGGAGCCGAUGCAGGAAUUUCUAGAUGCCUACCGCUACCAGCUCGCCAUCAUGGCUUACGGCGUUGGAGCCGCUCAUUAUCAUCGCACGCCUGCGCUGAGAAGCACAUACAAGAUUCUCUUGCGCCGUCUAAUUCACAAGAUGUUGCGGCGUGAAGUUUGGGCUUACUGGUUCACAACUAGCCUUUCAGGAAAUCGGACAGAUCCUGGCCGAACGCAACUGAGGACGCCUUGGGCAGAUCCUGUAGUGAAAGAAAAUAUCAUGUAUAGCGGCCAUCUCUUGAUGAUGACCAGUCUAUACGGCAUGCUCUUUGACGAUGAUGAAUUCGAGAAGGGGGAAUCCCUGUCGUUUGUCUGGGAUCCUCUGUUUUUUGGACUUGGGCCGGAGACGUUUUGCUAUGAUAAUCGCAGCCUACAAGAAGCCAUUAUUCGUGAGAUGGAGAGGAAUGGCUGGAUUGGCGUCUGCUGUGAGCCAAAUUUGGUAUUUGUGGUUUGCAACCAGUUUCCUAUUAUCGCUAUGAGAUACAACGACGCCAGAGACGGCACCGACGUCUCUGAAAGGGUUUUGGAAAAGUAUAAGGCGGCUUGGGAUGAGAAGGGCAUGGUUGAUUCAAGCGGCUUAUACGUCGACUGGUAUUUUCUUCGGCAGGAUAGAACACUGGCCCCGAGAAAUAUUGGCUGGACUGCAUGGGCAAACGCCUAUAUGAAUACGUGGAACUCAGAGACUGUGAGGUCACUGUAUGACUCGCAGUCAUAUGGUUUCAUCACCACCAUUGAUGGCGAGGUGCAACUCCACGAAGAGAAAAUCGCCCUUGAAUACCGCAAACUUGUUGAUACAGAGAACGCAAACAAGAACGACGCUGCUGUCCUUGCUCGGGCUCGAGCCAAUGCCGCUGUCCUGCCGCCAUCAUUCCCUUUCUCUAAACCAACGUUUGGUUAUGUUGUUCAAUGGCUAUCAGAACUAGGCAAGCAGGAGGAGCUGGAUGGUUUGCUCAAGUACGCCGACAAGCAUCUACAGCCUACGUGGGAAAACGGCGGCCUCUUUUAUCCCAGAAACGACGACCGAACGAACGACGCUGGCGAGUGGACGCACAUGGACCCCUUCUCUGGCAAUGCGGCGAUUGGAUAUGCGCGUCUCAAUGUGCCUGACGGACAGAAGAAGAUGUGGGACAAUCCACGAAAGCGAGGCCAUGCGGCGACACAGCCGUGGAUUGAUGGCAUCGAGCUGGGCCAGGGCAUUGACUGUCUGCGAGGCGUUUGGGACAGCGAAGAGAGCGCUUUGGUGCUGACGAUGAAGACGUGGGAUGGGAGAAUAGUCACUGCAACUCCUGUGGCGACCAAUUUGCCGGCAGGUGAAUGGACUGUGUUUGUGAAUGGAGAGCUGGUGCAGCAAGAAACUCUUGAUAAGGGUGGCGACUUGAGGGCCGAGGUGAGAGUUGGCCGUGAGGAGGUAGAUGUUGUGUUUAAGCGGGUUGUUGCGGAUUGA